GGAUGUUCAAAUGUGGAAAAUUGUACAAGUACAGCAAAAUUAUUAAUUAGUAUGCAAUGUCGAGAGGACCACAAAAAGGAAAAGGGGCGACGGUUUACAUUAAAGGAAAAAAUUGCUUCCUUAUCUAUUUUUAAACAAAGUCCCAAAGGAUACAGAUUUUUGCGAAAAAUUUUUAUUUUACCUGCUCAGCAAACACUUAUUAAAUUGGUACAAAUUUGUAACAUAAAGCCUGGGAUUAACAAAAAUGUUUUCUCUCAAUUAAAAAAUAAAGCUGACAACAUGAAACUAGAAGAAAAACUAUGUGUUGUUAUGUUUGACGAAGUUUCUUUGAAGAACAAUCUUAGUUAUAAUGAAAGAAAAGAUAAAAUCACUGGUCUUGUUGACAAUGGGCAAGAGAGGAAAAGUGAAUUUGCAGAUCACGCCCAAGUUUUUAUGCUACGUGGUCUAAUUUAUAAUUAUAAGCAGGCAGUAUCCUACACAUUUGCGUCAAGUGCUACCAAGGGACCUGAACUAGCUAAACAAAUUAAGGAAGUGAUAAGAGACUUGCAAGAAGCAGGGUUCAUAGUGGUUGCUACUGUAUGUGACCAGGGUACUAAUAAUAGACAGGCUCUCAACCUGUUACUUAACGAGACCAGGGGAAUUUAUUUAAGAAAAGGAGAAGAACCAAAAGAUAAUAUAAUUUUAAUAAAUGGUCAAGAAAUUGUACCACUUUAUGACCCCCCACAUCUUCUCAAAGGAAUUCGAAACAACCUCAUGACAAAAAAUUUAGAAUAUACUAUAGAUGGCGCAACAAAAACCGCAAAAUGGUCACAUUUAAAAUUGUUACUAAAUGAAAACCCUGGCUAUAAAGGAGUUAGAUUAAUUCCUAAAUUAACGGAAUAUCACGUCAACCCGCUGAAAAUGAAUAAGCAAAAAGUGAAAUUCGCCUCACAAAUAUUCAGUCGUACUGUGGCGUCUAAUAUGGGAUAUUUAGCAGAUAAGAACAUACUUCCCACAGAGUGCAAGGACACUGCUGAUCUGCUGCUGUUUAUGGACAACAUAUUUGACUCGGUGAAUGGCAGUCAACAGAAAAAUAAGAACGCCAAGCCUUUACUAGGCCCAGCAACGCCGAACUCAGCUCAUCAUAAAAUAUGGCUUGAGGGUGUACAAAUAUUUAAAUCAAUGAAAUUUGUAGCUAGUGACGGUAAAAAACAAUCGAUUCCUUCCGUUACCAAUUGGGUGUGGACACUGAACGGCGUUCAAACGCUAUUAAAAAAAUUACAAAAUGAUUUUAAUGUGUCGUCAGUAUGGUUGCGGCAUCUGAAUCAGGACCCCCUGGAAAAUUUUUUUGGGGCAGUAAGAAGCCAAGGGUGCCGCAACACUAAUCCUACCUGCGACCAAUUUGAGUCUGCUUUCGCCACAUUAUUAAUAAAUAAUAUAAGCAGUGUCCACACCCGCGGAAACUGCGAAAAAGACUUUUGUGAUGCAUUACACUCUUUAAUCAUCAACGAAAAUGCGAAAACAACGUCGACCUGCUCAUCUUUCGAUUUCGCAAAAAUUUUUGAUUUUAAUUUUACACCUCUAGAGGUUAAAGAAAGCGAUCCCCGCAUUAUUGCGCCAUUGCAAUAUAUGAGUGGCUAUUUUUUGAAAAAAAUUAAAACAAAAGUUUUCAAAGCGUGCACAGAUUGCUGCAAUGAUUUCGCUUCAAAAAAUGAAAUAGAGUAUAUUAAAUAUAGGGAAUACGCAGGUCGACGAUGGCUUUGCACUCCCAGCAAAAACUUAAUAGAGGUGAUUUCAAAUAUUCAGGACUUAAUUAAUGAAAUAAUAAAAGAAAAUAUUGAAAAAUCUAAUGUAAAAAUAAUAAUGAACACAGCUAUAAGAAUAUUUGUAAAUUUUGAUUUUAUAAAAUGUAAAAUACAUAAAGAAAAAGUUACUGAUUAUCUAAUUAAUAUUGUUAUUAGGUGUAUGAUUUUUAAUUACUGUAAAAAUAUUAAUAAAAUAUUAGCUGGGAGAAAAGACGUUGAUGAUUGUGAGGACAAAUUGCAAACAAAAGCAAAAAAGCUAAAUGAUUGUUAUAAAAAACACAAAUAAACAAGAUUAUAA